GGUAAAGAGGAGGGUUUCAAAUAGCAAACUAGAGGUGUAAAGGUGGCAGUUCUCUAAGAAAUUCACCAGGAGUUCGUGUUUUUGAUUUCAGAAAAAAUGCCUCACUAAUUGGGGAAAUUUUAGUCCUUUUUAUAUCUCCAGUAUGACCAGAAGUUGGGCGAUACAGAUACCACCAGUGCUAAUUCAUUCCGAUGUUCAUAAUUAGUACAAAUGCUAUCUUUAUACCAUAAUUAUUGGUUAAUGGUAAUUGAACUAUUAUCGCUUUGGAAGGUGCACGCUUCUGGGCAUACCAAUUUGAGAUUUGAGAUUGAAGAAUCAUAAAAUAUGAGCGAAUAUAUCUAAAGGUUGUUGAGACGUGUUUCGAAUGUUCAAGAUUUGAAUGAGCACCACGAAGAUCAAAGUACCAUCCUAAAUAAUUUAAUUAUCAAGAAGUUUAAGAUUUGAAUGAGUAUAGACAACUUUGAAAUUUGGAAACCAUGCUUAAAAGUUGUGAUUUGAUAUUGAUAAUAACUUAAAAAUUUGAGUUGGUCAAUAACUUGAAAUUUUGUAUUUAAAUAUUUUUAAUUGUAAUUUAUUUAUUUAUUUUCAAAAAACAAAGAGAGCAGUGUAUGCUAUAGCACGGGUUAUCGAAUAAGUGGUUCGCUCUUGUAGUCUUCGAUUUGGUGUGCAUGAAGAAGGGUUCUGGUUCUGCGGUCUCCCGCCUCCUCUCGCCUUCUUCCCUUUCGCACGGUGCUCAACAACUCGAAUCCCUCCGCCUCUUUCUCAGCCGCGCUCAGCGCCGACGCGCCGCUCUCUCCGCCGAUGCGUUCCCACCCUUCCUCGCCGCUUGCCGCUCCUUCCCCUCCCUUGCCAGCCAAACCCACGCCCUCGCGCUCAAGUACGCCGCCGACCUCCACCCCGCCACCGCCACCGCCCUCCUGGAUCUCUACGGCAGACGCGGCCUCCUCCGCGACGCCCUCCGCGUGUUCGACGAAAUGCCCCUCCGGGACCCGAUCGCCUGGAACGCCCUCCUCUCCUGCUUCCUCCGCCAAGGCCUCGCCGCCGACGCCCUCUCGACCUUCCGCAGAAUGACGGAGGACGGAGUCGCGUUCACCGGCGCCACGCUGUCCGCCGCCCUGAAAGCUUGCGCAUCGCUGCGCGCGGUUCGGCUGGGCAAGCAGAUCCACGCUCGGGCUAUCCGCGAAGGCGAUGACUCCCUCAUCACGUCCACCUCUCUCAUCGACUUCUACUCUGCCUGCGGCUUGAUUCAGAACGCGUUCGAUGUGUUCGCCGGAGUCGAUUGCGACAAGGACGCUGCCAUCCACAAUUCUUUGAUCAGUGCGUGCGUCAAGAACAGGCGGUUCGAGGAAGCAUUCUCGAUUUUAGGAUCGGCGACGCCCAAUGCAGUCGCGCUCACUUGUGCUUUCUCUGUAUGCUCUCGGUCUUCAAAUCCGCACUACGGAAAGCAGGCGCAUUGUGCAGCAAUCCGUCACGGAUUCGAUUCCGAUACCACCUUGUGCAAUGCGAUCGUGGAUAUGUACGCCAAGUGUGGGGAACUAUCUUCUGCCCGUCUCGCCUUCGAACGGAUUCAUCGCAAGAACGUCGUUUCCUGGACGAGCAUCAUCGAAGCCUAUGGCAGUCAUGGGCACGGUGUCGAAGCUUGGAACUUGUUUAAGAAGAUGGAAGAGGAAGAAUCGAGCAAUGGACUUUCGCCGAAUGCCGUCACGUUCCUUUCGGUUUUGUCUGCCUGUGGACACUCAGGCUUGGUGGACGAAGGGCGGGAGAGCUUCUUCGCGAUGAGAAACAAGUAUGGGAUCGAUCCAGGACCCGAGCAUUGUUCUAGUUUCAUCGACCUGUUAGGUCGGGCAGGUCGAAUCGAGGAGGCAUGGCAUCUUUAUGGCGAACUAAGUAGGAGGAGUUCGAAGAAGCUCACGAGUGCUGUCUGUGUAGCCAUGCUGAAUGCUUGCAGAGCUAACAUGGAUUUAGCGAGAGGCGAGCAGGUGGCCGAGCAUCUUCUAGAGUUAGGUGACAGUAAUCCUGCAAGUUACAUACUUCUCUCGAACUUUUAUGCUGCUGCCGGGAAGUGGGAGAGAGCGGAGAGCUUAAGAAGGGCGAUGAGGAAUAGACAGUUGAAAAAGGAGGUAGGCAAUAGCCAGUUUGUUUGAUGUCAUGAGUUGCAGUUGAAAUCGGAUGAUGGCUAGAUCUUAUUUUAAUUGUAUUUCUAGUCGGUUUAAUGUUUUUUUAAUCUUUGUACUUGUAGCUAUAGUAUAGCUGGAAGUAAAUGUAACGUCACAUUCUAUAGCAUUUCAGAAUCAUGCAGACC